UCGAACACCAUUGAUUAUCAUCUGCUUCACCACCAUUCUGCCAAAGAUCAAUUGAUAUCUCCAACACACAUAUCUUAAAGUCCAACUCCCAUUAUCAUCAUCAUCACAUCAGGCCAUUCAACCAACGUUGUCCCGCAUCGACUGCAACUGCUUAGGUGGGGUGUUGCUUCCAAAGCGAGGUAUGUCGUCAUACCUAGGUUGGCGGCUUGCCCGUCUCAAUCCGUCCACAGCCUUUAUAACCACCACAACCCCGACUUUUCCAAACUAACAGCCGCUUCAGUGACUGCCAAAACAUCAAACCGGCGAUACCUCACAAAACACCGCCACAAUGACCACUUACAUACCCCAACUCACCCUCCCCGAGUCCAUCUUCUCCUCUUUCCCAGCCUCCAUCCUCCUCCCCAUAACCCUAGGCUCAGCAGUAGGAUGGUCAACAAGGCCAAAACAAGUGCCCCGAACCUACCUCUCCCUCAACCAACCCCCCCUCCGCCCACCCCCCCAAGUCUUCGGCCCAGUCUGGACCCUCCUCUACGGCCUAAUGGGCUACGCCUCCCACCGCGCCUACAGCAUCGGCACCUCCCCCCUCAACCUCCCGGGCAUAAUCUCGGCCGCCCGCCAAGGCACCACCCUCUACACGAUCCAGCUCGGCCUCAACCUCCUCUGGAUGCCUCUCUUCUUCGGCUGGAACCGUCCCAUCCUCGCCACCGCUGAUGUGCUUGCUCUGGUGGGAGUGAAUGGGUAUCUGGCCUGGCUGUGGGGGACAAAGGUUGAUGCGACGGCGGGGUGGUUGCUGGCGCCGUAUGUGGCUUGGCUGAGUUUUGCUACUUAUUUGAGCGCGGGGACGGGGUACUUGAACAAUUGGGAUUUGAGCGGGGCAUAUGAGAAGGCGGAUGGGGAGACGAAGAAGAAGAGGUCUUAGUUGGGGCGUUUGGGGACGAGGUGGUUUUUGUGGAAGGGGUGAGAAAUAUGGAUACACGCGAGGGUGAUUAGGAGCAAUGUGAGACGGCGGAGGUGGUGGCUGGGGCUGGAAUGAGGGAGGUAUGACGAUCUUUUAUGUGUAGUAUGCUCAUGGGACUUGUUUCUAACCCGGGUGGAGGAUGAUGCUGGCAAAGAUGUGGCUUAAGUGGGACUUGGGACAAGGUCAAAAGUGAGUGUGAGGAUGGCAUGGUUAUGUCAAAAGAGCGUAAAGAUUUGUAACGGCGGAACCAAUGGGUCAGAUAGAUCCCUUUGGGAGGGAUCAUUGAAAAUAUAAUUACAAAACGCCGUUUUAUGUAGACCAUUGACAUGC